AUGGCUUGUGCAAAACUCAACUCUCUCUCUUCUCAAUGGAUCUCUAAUAAUCCAUUCUCUUCUCGCCGUGGAUCUUCCUCUGUCACCUCCACUCGCUCUGUCUCUCUACCGAUUCGCGCCUCUUACUCCGAUGAACUCGUUCAAACCGCCAAUACUGUUGCGUCUCGUGGUCGUGGAAUUCUGGCGAUUGAUGAGUCUAAUGCAACUGCUGGGAAGCGUUUGGCGUCAAUUGGAUUGGAUAAUACUGAGGCUAAUCGUCAGGCUUAUAGGCAACUUCUCUUGACAACACCGGGUCUCGGCGAAUAUGUUUCGGGCUCGAUUCUUUUCGAAGAAACUCUUUAUCAGUCAACAACUGAUGGGAAGAAGUUUGUGGAUGUUCUCCGUGAAGGAAACAUUGUACCUGGCAUCAAAGUUGAUAAGGGUUUGGUUCCUCUACCAGGGUCAAACAAUGAAUCUUGGUGCCAAGGGUUGGAUGGAUUGGCUUCUAGAUCUGCUGAAUACUACAAACAAGGUGCUCGAUUUGCUAAGUGGAGGACGGUUGUUAGCAUUCCAUCCGGUCCUUCUGCUUUGGCUAUUAAGGAAGCAGCGUGGGGACUUGCACGAUAUGCUGCUAUCUCUCAGGACAACGGUCUUGUUCCAAUAGUUGAGCCUGAAAUUCUUCUUGAUGGAGACCACCCGAUUGAGAGGACACUUGAAGUUGCCGAGAAGGUAUGGUCAGAAGUCUUCUUCUAUUUGGCCCAAAACAAUGUCCUUUUUGAGGGAAUUUUGCUCAAACCUAGCAUGGUUACACCCGGCGCCGAGCACAAGCAAAAGGCUUCUCCAGAAACCAUUGCCAAAUAUACACUAACCAUGCUUAAAAGAAGAGUUCCUCCCGCAGUUCCAGGAAUCAUGUUUUUGUCAGGCGGACAAUCAGAAGUUGAAGCAACACUAAACCUUAAUGCAAUGAACCAAAGUCCGAACCCAUGGCACGUGUCGUUCUCGUAUGCACGAGCACUGCAGAACAGUGUGCUUAAGACAUGGCAAGGUCGCCCCGAGAAUGUGGAAGCGGCUCAGAAGGCUCUUUUGGUCCGAGCCAAAGCUAACUCCUUGGCUCAGCUUGGAAGAUACUCGGCGGAAGGUGAAAAUGAAGAAGCCAAGGCGGGAAUGUUCGUGAAGGGCUAUACCUACUAG